GAGAGAGAGAAACGAGGUCAUGAAAUAUUAUAGCUAUCCUAUUCCUACAUGUUUAUAUAGUAGGCUUUUGGUUUUAUCUCCUCAGAAAUGAAACCAAACAAACAAGAAACCGGAUCACAAGUUGGAAGCUCUUGCAUUAGUAUUAUAUAGUUUUUCUCUUUUCAGUCUCUUUAAAUAUUUUUGGUUCGACUCAACUCAAGUUUCGUUUAUGGCUUUUUCUUGUCUUUUGGCAGAACGAUACGCAUAGCAAAAGAAUUUGGGGUACCCUCCAAAAGAAUUUAUGUUCGUUUCUUGGCUUUUGCUACUCCAAAACCAUUGUUUUCUUCCUUGUACUCUCUGAAAACCUUUCAAACUUUCCUGUUUUCUUCUGCAACCUGCCUUUUCUAUAGCCACCACUACACCUCCCUUUGCUAUAUAGCUUUCUCAAACAUGCAAAUGAUCCCAGGUGACCCCUUUUCAUUAUCCACUCCACUCGGAGGGUUUAGCACUCAAGAGCAAAACACAAACCCUAACCCUAAACCUAAUGCUCCGACCACCACCAAGAAGAAGAGAAACCUGCCCGGAACACCAGAUCCAGAUGCCGAGGUCAUUGCUCUCUCCCCAAAGACCCUCAUGGCGACGAACCGCUUCGUCUGUGAAAUAUGCAACAAAGGCUUCCAGAGAGACCAGAAUCUCCAGCUCCACAGAAGAGGCCACAACCUCCCAUGGAAGCUCCGGCAGAGAUCCAACAAGGAGGUUCGUAAAAAGGUCUACAUCUGCCCGGAGAAGACCUGCGUCCACCACGACGCGUCGCGAGCACUCGGCGACCUCACCGGCAUCAAGAAGCACUUCAGCAGAAAGCACGGUGAGAAGAAGUGGAAGUGUGAGAAGUGCUCCAAGAAAUACGCAGUCCAAUCAGAUUGGAAAGCUCACACCAAAACAUGCGGCACCAGGGAGUACAAGUGUGACUGUGGCACCCUCUUCUCCAGAAAGGAUAGCUUCAUAACACAUAGAGCUUUCUGUGAUGCGUUGGCGGAAGAGAGUGCUAGGCUAACCUCAGUUACUUCUUCUACAAAUCUGAAUUUCAAGGAUGAAGAUUGUAUUUCUUUGAUUCCAAAAAAUUUUGAUGGCAGCAUUCCGCAGUUUGGCCCACACGGGUUUCGCCUGGAUUUCAACCACAACAAUAACUCUUUGAUGGGUGCUGGUGACCAACACCAACAUAUUAGGCCGAGUUUGUCGCUGUGGUUGAACCAGGCAAACCCUCCUCCUCAUCAUCCUCACGAUGUGGGAGGGAUUUUCGUGUCGUCGUCAUUGGGUUUGCCUGAGAUUGUGCAAAUGCAACAACCACAGGUUCACAAUAAUGGCAUGAUUGGGUCUUCAUCAAUGUUGCCUAAUUUUGUUCCUGGUUCGAAUUCAAACACUGCAAGCCUUUCACUUUCUGAGGGUCAAAAUAAGCAAUCAAAUUCAUCAAAACCUGCUUCUCCUAUGUCAGCAACUGCCCUUCUUCAGAAGGCAGCUCAAAUGGGAUCCACUAGAAGCUCCAACAACCCUUCCAUUUUCAGUGGUAGUUUUGGGGUGAUGACCUCAUCACCUAACUCCUCUCAAACUACCACUACUCUCAACAAUAAUAGCCAUAAUGGUAAUGAGAUUAACCAGGUUUUUCAGGCCAUGAAGCAACCACAGGAUUUUACUUCAAAUGGAGGUGAAGCCAUAAUGGGGAAUAGUGCCAGUUUCAGCUCAAUGGCGCAUUCAUCAAACGCUUAUGAUCAACUUGUGAUGCAAAACAAUGGGAAAAUGAAGCUCCACCUUUCAAACGCUGCGGAUCAUAAUUUGACAAGAGAUUUUCUUGGCGUGAGUGGAGGAGGAGCUGGUCCUCAAUUCCUACCUCAAGAGCUAGCAAAGUUUGCAUCCAUAGGUUCAACAAUGGGGUUGAAUCAAUUCACAGUCAAUCAAUCAGUGAAUUUUUGUUUUUCUGAGAAAAGUUCGUUCAUGUCAAGUGUUUGUAAGAUAUAAAUUUGAAAUGGAGGCUUAAUGGGAUGUUCAAUUGGCUCUUGUUGUUGCUUUUA